AUGGCACCUCAAAUAUGGCUGCCCUCAGAACGCUCUGGAAGCGCUCAACAGAAAGCCCUCAUCCACUACAUCUGUGGUAACCCAGGCCUCAUCGAGUACUACACCGACUUCCUCAGUCAUGUACGCGGCCUUUUAGACAAGAUCGAGACAGACACUGCUUACGAUAUCUACGGCACAAACUUGCUGGGCUUCAGCGACGAUGAUCAUGAACCGUUCAGCUCAAAAAACAAGCCAUGGGAUUUGGAGGGACAGAUUGAGGGCAUGUACGAUAUCGUUGCGGCCAAAGGAAAAGGGUACGACUUUGUGAUUCUCAUGGGCCAUUCUGUUGGGUCAUUCAUCACUGUUGAGAUCUUCCAUCGCCAUAUGAAGAAUCCGGAGCGAGCGCCGCACUUGAAGCUUCGACAUGGAUUUCUGAUAUGUCCGACGCUUACGCACCUCGCUCGAUCAUCCAAUGGUGUACAGUUCGAGUUGUUGCGACGAUUCAUUCCCUUCCUCGACACCGCAGCUUUCCUCCUUGCACGUCUUCUUCUCGGCCUUCUAAGUGUUGCAAGCGUUACAUGGAUCGUUCAGCGCCUUCUGGGCUUUACACCUGCGAGCGCAGACAUCACUGCGCGAUGGUUGAAGAGCAGAGAUGGCGUGUUGCAGGCGGUUCAUCUAGGAUUGACGGAGCUGGAGAUGAUCACCGAGGAGAAGUGGAACGACGAUCUAUGGGACACGGCAGGAGAGGAUAAUGGAGUUCCAAAGUUCUUUUUGUUCUAUGCCAAGAAAGAUCAUUGGAUUCAUGAUGACGAGAGAGACGGCAUCGUGGAGAAGAGAGGAGACAAAGCGAGGAUCGUGCAGGAUGAAGGGGAUAUUCCUCACGCUUUUUGCACGAGAGAGGAUGCGAGCUUAGAGGUUGCAAGGAGAGUCUGCGGUUGGGUCGAAGAGAUCGAAGCGGCCAAGAAGUGA